GAGCAUGAAUAGUCAUAGAGGCGAGAUCCAUAGGCAGUACCGACCAUAGAAGUCCAUCACCGCUAUCAAAGUUACAAGGAUUGGAAGACACUUGCAGGCGGCAACACUCCAGUGAGAAAAUGGUACAGGAUUUUGAUGAUGUUCUACCGCGGAUCGGCAGCUGGGGACGCUACCAAAAGUUGUUAUUCUGGCUAGUGUGUAUCCCUGCAUGCAUUCCGUGUGCAUUCCAGGGAUAUGUCACCAUUGUCCUCCUUGCCGUGCCUGACCACUGGUGUCACGUGGAAGAACUGAAGGAAUACGCUGAUGAUGACAAAAAGAACUUGAGCAUACCCAUUGAGUACAAGCAAGGGGUGGAAGUUAUGCUCAGGACAGACUCGGACGAAAACUUUCAUUCUUCAUAUGCCUCACGCUGCAGCUUGUUGCUGCGGUUGCCUCAGCUUUCGCACCGGAACCAAUCAGCUUUACUUUCUUCCGCUUCCUGGUCGGCCUCACGAUCCCUUGCAAUAUUCACUAUUCCAUUCGUGUGAUAGGGGAUCGAGUUGGUUGGGCCAGAGAAGCGAAGCUUCACCACACUGAUGCAGUGCAUGGCGUAUUCAGUCGGCUUGUGUCUACUACCCGGAGUUGCAUACCUAGUGCGUGAAUGGAGACAUCUCGCUCUCGCUACUUCCCUGCCGUUUGCAAUUUUUUAUGUGUACUGGUUCUUUAUGCCAGAGUCGGCCCGGUGGUUGAUGGCAAAUGAUAAAGUAGCUGAGGCCGAGAGAUUAGUGCAAACAAUUGCCAAAGUUAAUGGUAAAGAAAUACCGGUAAACAUACUUUCAGAGAACUUAAAACCUAAAGAAGACACAACAGGCAUAGAUUAUGGAAAUGAGGAAGCGCCACAAACGACCAGAAAAUACAACUUCAGGGACUUGUUCAAGACUAAGAAUCUACGGAACAAGACCUUUCUAAUUACGUUCAUUUGGUUCGCAAACGCUACAGUGUACGUGGGUCUAAACCUGUACAUUCCAAUGCUGGGAAGCUCGGAUUAUCUGAACAUGCUUCUGUCAGCCCUGGCAGAGAUGCUAGGAUACCCGUUUCUGUGGCUCGUCCUAGAUCGCUGGGGACGUCGCGGCCCGCUCUGCCUGGCCAUGGUCGUUUCUGGCGUGGCCUGUAUCACGACAGUGCUGGUGCCGCUGGACGAUAACCAUCUAUGGAUAACUAUAAUGUUGACAGUCAUCGGAAAGUUCGGCAUAUCUGCGUCGUUUGUUGACAUAUACCUAAUUGCUGGCGAAGUGUACCCGACAGUGGUGCGUGGCCUGGGCACCGGUUUCAGUCAAGUCGUUGCAGCGCUGGGCACGAUAGCAGUGCCUUAUGUCGUCUACAUAGGUAAAGACUAUCAGACUUUGCCCGCGUUCAUUAUGGGGGCUCUUGCGCUCACGGCUGGUGUGCUCGGGCUAGGACUGCCUGAGACCUUGAACAUGCCACUUCCAGCAACAAUCGCAGAGGCUGAAAAUCGUAAGGCCGAAUUUCCCUUUGUGGGUUGUCUGUCGAAGACUGUCCACAUCAGCAGAGCUGGAAGUUCGCCCCCGAUACAAGAAAAUUACGACAUCAUGGGAAGUUUCAAUGUCCUUACGAGCAGCGCGAGAACUGAUUUAACUGUUUUGUGA